UUUCAGUUCAACCAUUGCUCCUGGUUGAAUAUGUUGUCUAACUGUCAUAGAGGCUAUUUUCUUAUUUCAAAUUUAAUGUAAGAAUUUCUGAUGGUCCUUGAACUACUCACAGCCACAUUAUGAUGUUUUGUUUCAUUGACGAAGUUUUCCUGCAGCUACAACUCAACAAAUCCCAAUUCUCAGUGAGGUGGUGUCUUCAGAUCAAGAAAAACUACAACUUUCCUCCUCAUAAAAUGAUUUGGAGAAGAAAACUUUUGACGCCUGCAACGUUUUUGAUCAUCGUGAUGAAAAUCUUCACUGGUCAGACUCUAAUAUGUCAUCCAGGAGAAUAUCAGCUAGGGAAUGAAUGCUGUCCAAUGUGUCCUGCAGGAAGUCGAGUUAAAACUGAUUGUACAGAGUUCAGGCCAACAUCAUGUCUGCCCUGCCUCGAAGGAACGUACGUGGAUAAACCCACUGGGCAGAAGAAGUGUUUUGACUGCGCUAACUAUGAUAAAGGUUUGGGUCUGAAGGUAAAGACAUCAUGUACAACAACAUCAAAUACAGUUUGUGAACCACUGGAGGGAUUCUACUGUAUUGAUCCAAGAGGGAACAACUGUGUAGCAGCACAGAAACACAGAAUCUGUCAUCCAGGACAAUACAUCAACCAAAAAGGAACAGCCUUCACAGACACUGUGUGCUCUGACUGCAGCGCUGGAACAUUUUCAGAUGGAACAUUUACAUCUUGUUGGCCACAUUUUCAAUGUGAAUCAGACCUUGAACUGAUAAAACCAGGAACUUCUUCUACUGAUGCUGAAUGUGGAGAAAAACGUUCAAAUGUCGCAGCAAUUGUGGCUAUUGUCUGUGUUUUAUUUAUUUUAUUAAUAAUUGCUGCAGUAGUUUAUUGGUUUUGCUUCAGAAAGAAGAAAAUGUGUUUCAGAUCAGAAGAAAAAAACACAAAUCCAGUCAUUUUCAGUCAACCUUCGUUAGAAAAUGGAGAACUAUCACCAUCAGAGACUGUUCCUAUGAGAAUAUCACCAGACUAAAACCAUCUGCAGGACAACAGGUAGGACUCAGUGUCCUGCAGAGUAAAAGUACUUCAGAGUCCAGUUUAAAUCCAUCUGGAUGCUGACACAUCGUCUUUGCAGUUUACUGAAGUAAAACAACAGUGAGCUGAGUUUCCUGCUUCCUGCUGGAUCUUUGUCUGACUACAGAAAACAAAGUUUCUCUGGAAUACAUCCAUCCAUCCAUUCUCUAUACACCGCUUUAUCCUCACUAGUGUCGCAGGGGGUGCUGGAGUCUAUCCCAGCUGACUCGAAUGAAGGCAGAGGACACCCUGGACAGGUCACCAGUCUGUCUCAGGGCUACAUAUACAGACAAACAAUCACACUCACAUUCACACCUACAGACAAUUUAGAAUUAUCAAUUAAUCUCAGCAUAUUUUUGGACUGUGGGAGGAAGCCGGAGUGCCCGGAGAAAACCCACACAUGCACAGGGAGAACAUGCAAACUCCAUGCAGAAAGAUCCCAGGCCCACCCCGGGAUUCAAACUGGGGAUCUUCUUGCUGCAAGGCGAAAGUGCUAACCACUAUGCCGCUGUGCAGCCCUCUGGAAUACAACCGAUGGAAAAUAAAUUUAUAGACUCACUGACUCCAUUGAUCUUCUGCUCACAGUUGGAGCAACUUCAGACUGAAGCUGGACUUUAAAUGAGGACAAACUGCUGGAACAGAAGAUAAUGUGACUUUUUCUGAAGCAUGAUGGACUAAUGGCUGCCAUGAGGUGGAAGAUUUUCUGAACAACUGACUGUUUUAUGAAGCUGCACAGGUUGUAAAUUUAAACCAGUUUGUGGUCAACAGCACUACAGUUGCAAUCAUUUGGGUUUUUUUUUCAUGUUUUUGCAGUUUCUGUUCCUCAGUUUCAUGCUGUCAGUUUCUCUUUCCAAUUGAGUAUACAUUCAGUUUGCUUUUUUGUGUAAAUAUUGUACAGAUUUCCAUCUGCAGAUGGAAAUUAGCUUAAAGCUAACUGUGGAGCAAUGCAUCAAAUGGAAACAUUUAUGUUUAAUAUUGUACAUGGUCCCUUUUUAAAUAAACUGAUAAUAAUAAAAAGA